AUGCCUAAAGCAAGAUUUUUUUAUUUAAAAACAAGAAGAUUAUUAAAGGAAAAAAGUGGAAAAAGAAAAUGUUCAAAUAUUGAAUGGGCACAAAUUUUAAUUGGUUUAUUUGUUUCAAUAGCAAUAACAGUUUAUACAAUAAUUGAAACUAAUAAUGAAAAUUCAAUUGCAGAAGAAAAUCGUCGUCAAGAUGCUGAUUUAGCAAAUCAAACACGUUUAAAUGAUAUUUCAAUUGCUGAUAAUAGAGAAAAAGAAUUAAUUAUGAAUAAUUAUUUAAAAUUUUUAACUGAAUUAUUUGAAAAAGAUGUUCUCAAUCUCCCUCCACUUGAUCCAAUACGAUUUAUUCUUCAAUUUAAUACAUUUGCUGUUUUAUCUCAAUUAGAUUCGAAAAGAAAAUCUUAUUUAAUUCGUUGUUUUUAUGAAAAUCAUUUAAUAACAUAUCGUCAAAAUGACGCACCUCAAUUGAUUGAUUUAACUUCUGCUAAUUUAAUUGAAUUAAAUUUAAAUGCACGUCCAUUAAUUCAAAUAAGUCAAUCAGCAUUUCAAUGUGUUUCAAUUGCUAAUACAGAUUUAACAGAUUCAUCUUUUAAAAAUUUAGAUUUAUCUGGUACACAAUUUCAACAUAGUAUUAUGACUCAAGCUAUUCUAUCAUCAACUGUAGCUUCUGUCACAAGUUGUGAUGAUAAAAAUCAAGUUACAUCGUUUGGUGGUGCAUAUCUUUCUAAAGCCAAUUUUGAAAAGAGUAUUUAUAUUUGUGUGGAUUUUCAUCGUGUAACAAUGAAUAAUUCGAAUUUAAAACAAUUUCAAUGUACUGGCUGUAAUUUUGCUCAUGCUUCUCUAUAUGAAUCUGAUAUGAGUUUUUCCAGAUUUAUUUUAGAACCAUCUUUACCAUUUAUAUGUAAAGAUAGUAGACAAACUCACUUUAGAAAUAGUGAUUUAAGUAAAUCUAAUCUUUUUCAAGCUAAAUUUGAAAAUACAUCAUUUAUUCAAUCAAAAUUAAUUGAAAUAAAUGCAAAUCAAGCUCGAUUCUUUCAAUGUGAUUUAUCUAAUGUUAUUAUGAAUAAUUGUAUUCUUACACAAUCUCAAUUUAAUGGUUCAAAAUUAAUUUCAGCUAAUUUAAAUAAUUGUAAAAUUAAUAAAGUUUAUAUGAUUAAUGUUGAUUUUUCUUUUUCAACUUUAAUUAAUGUUGAUUUUAGUGAUAGUAUAUGUUAUUCAUGUAUAUUUAAUAAUACAAAUUUAACUGGAAUUAAUUUUCAAAAUUCAAUAUUAGAUAAAAGUUAUUUUACAAAUUCAAUUUUUAAUCAACAACAAUUAAUUAAAGCAAAAUCAAUUCUAGGAAUUCAUUUAUAA